AUGUCGGAGCUGAAGAGUGAGAAGCCCUCAGGCUUCUCAUCCGAAGCCCCGAUCAAGAGCGAAUACAGCGGUGAUGACAUUGCCACGGUUGAGGGAGGUGGCUUGUCGGAUCCCAACCAUGUUGAACUUCACCGUGCCCUCAAGGCGAGGCACAUCACCAUGAUUGCUAUCGGUGGUGCCAUCGGAACCGGUCUGAUUAUCGGAACAGGCGAAGCUCUCGCGAAAGCAGGCCCGGGCUCAAUCCUGAUCGCUUAUACCUGGGUGGGUUUCAUUGUGUACUUGGUGAUGUGCGCUCUUGGCGAAAUGGCGGCAUGGCUCCCUUUGCCCUCUGGAUUCACUGGUUAUGCCGUUCGAUUCUGUGACCCUGCCCUCGGUUUCGCGGUGGGCUGGACGUACUGGUUUAAAUACAUUCUCGUCACACCAAAUCAGUUGACAGCUGGUGCGCUGGUCAUAUCAUACUGGAUACCAGCGGAAAAGGUUAACCCUGGUGUAUGGAUUACGGUCUUUCUUCUCUUGAUCAUCUGUAUCAAUUACUUCGGAGUAAAGUUCUUCGGAGAAUUCGAGUUCUGGCUAUCAUCGUUCAAAGUCGUUGUUAUUCUCGGAAUCAUUCUGUUGUCCUUCAUCUUGAUGCUUGGCGGAGGCCCGGACCAUGACCGGAAAGGAUUCAGAUACUGGAAGAACCCGGGCGCUUUUGCGGAAUACAUUGACACCGGUGCUGCCGGUCGAUUCUAUGCUUUCUGGUCUACUAUGGUCUCUGCUACCUUUGCCUAUCUCGGAACGGAGCUCGUCGGUGUCACCGUGGGUGAAGCCCAAAACCCUCGCCGCACUAUUCCCCGUGCCAUCCGAUUGACCUUCUACCGGAUCCUGGUUUUUUAUGUGCUUUCUGUUCUCCUUGUCGGUACCUUGGUCAAGUAUAAUGAUCCUAAGCUCGCCUUCGCCGUCAACGCCAGCAGCUCUGCUGCCGCAUCCCCAUUCGUUGUCGCCAUUGAAAACGCCGGAAUCCCUGCACUCUCCCACAUCCUGAACGCUUGUAUCCUGCUCUUUGUUUUUUCCGCGGCGAACUCCGACCUCUACAUUGCGACCCGUACAAUCUAUGGUCUUGCCCGCGAAGGAAAAGCGCCAAAAAUCUUCUCUCGGACCGACCGUCGGGGUGUUCCCAUUUUCGCCCUAGGAGUCUCAGCAGUGUUUGCACUUCUGGCAUAUAUGAAUGUCUCCAGUGACUCCAAGACAGUCUUCAAGUAUUUCGUGAACUUGGUCACCAUCUUCGGUCUCUUAACCUGGAUCUCGAUCCUGGUUACCCACAUCUAUUUCGUUCGUGCACGCCGCGCACAGAAUGUCCCCAACAGCGAGCUCGCUUAUGUUGCUCCCUUCGGUAUUUACGGCUCAUACGGAGCACUCGCUUUCUGUAUCCUCAUUGCAUUCACCAAGAACUUCAACGUAUUUACCCACUCUCCAAAGUACGGCAACUUCGAUUACAAGAACUUUAUUACGGCAUAUCUGGGCAUCCCGCUGUACCUAAUUCUCAUCCUCGGGUACAAGCUCACUCAUCGCGGUCAGCCAAAGGUCACUCCUGAGAACGCGGACCUUUGGAGUGGCAAGGAUGAAAUCGAUCGCGAGGAAGCCGCUUACCUUGCUCAGAAGGAGGCUCAGGCUGAGAAGCAUACUCAGUCAAACUGGUUCUACCAGAAAUGUGUUUCUUGGCUAUUUUAA